ACAUGUCCAUAGUAAACCUUAUGCACCUAUCUCUAUAUAAAUGACCGUGUAGUUAACUCUAAGAAACACACAACACAAACAUCAUAAGCCAAAAUUCAAAAAAGAUUCAAAGAAACAAUGAAAUUCAUUCCACUAUGUUUCCUAAUUUCUCUCUUGGUGUUGUUCAACACAAAACCACUACAAGGAGCUGAACCAGAACCAGUUUUAGACAUAGAAGGUAACCCUCUUCAACCAAGAGUAGGUUACUAUGCAUGGCCACUUUGGGCCAACAGUGGAGGCAUAACAUUAGGACAAACAAGAAACAAAACAUGUCCUCUCGAUGUAAUCCGCAACCCUAACUCAAUUGGCGAACCAAUACUCUUCACUCCACCAGGUGAUCUUGAUUUCGUUCCAACACUCACUGAUCUCACCAUUGAUAUUCUACUUCUGGGUCCAUGUGUUCAAUACUCAAGAACAUGGAAGGCUUCAUUGGUUGGAUCUGGCUUCUCUGGCCUCUUCUUUGUGAGCACCGGUGGAAGAAGUGGUGAUCUUGAUACCAAGUUCAAGAUUGUGAGGCUUGAAGGAGAUAUUUAUAGCUUUAAGUACUGUCCUUCGGGUGUUCCUUAUGAAGUUACUUGUACUACUGUUGGUACUUUUGUAGAUACUGAUGGAACUAAAGUUUUGGCUUUUGGUAAAGGUGUUGAUGAACCUUACUAUGUUAGGUUUCAUAAGGCUUCAACUUUUCCACUCAAGAAGUAUCAAGAUUUGAGCACUGAGUAGUUUCAUAAUGUGUGCAUAGUACGUGAAGUUGUGUGGGUCAUAAAAUAAGGAAUUUAGAACCAUAAUAAGCCACAUAAAGUGCACACUAGACAGAGUACUACUUGUUUCUGUUUUUAAGAUUUGUGUCUUUCUGUUUGUUUCUGGUUCUUGUGUUUGUAUCGUCUUUAUAUAUAUGUUUUUCUUCUUUUGUGAGUACUCCUCUUUGUUUGCAAUCUCUCAUUGUAUUGGUGACCGAUUUAAGUUAAUAAAAAUUUGGUCACUAAA